AUGUCGCAAACCGUCGGAAGAACUCGUCUCGCCUAUUCUCGCGCCUGGCACCAUGUCGAUGUCGGCUCCGACCCCCGCUCCCUCGGCCGCGUCGCUUCCUCCAUCGCUCUCUUUCUAAUGGGCAAACACAAGCCCAUCUUUGACCCGUCGACAGACUGCGGCGACUAUGUCGUUGCAGUGGGCUGCCACGACCUGCGCACAACGGGGAAGAAACGGUUCCAGAAGCUGUACUACACGCAUAAUACCCGGCCCGGUAGUCUGAAGAGCAUGACUAUGGACAAGAUGAUUGAGAAAUGGGGUGGUGGGGAGGUUUUGCGGAGGGCGGUUAAGGGGAUGUUGCCAAAGAAUCGGUUACAGUCGAAGAGGUUGGCGCGGUUGAAGACCUUUGAAGGUGUUCAUCACCCGUACAAGGAGAACAUUAUCAAAUAUGGCAACGAGUCGAUUAUUGGAGGCUUGCCUGAAGUUCAGCAUGCUUUCAAGGCUGAGGCCACCAAGGAGGCGUCGUGA